ACCACCACCGAAAUUGCUAAUUCCUCUCGCUGCUUCCUCCGAAGUUCUCUUUUUGGAAUCUUCUUCAAUUUGGAGCGCACCAAGCAAAACUUGGGGCCUUCAAUCUCCUCGGUGGACCUGUUUCUCCCACAAAAAUCUACCACCGUCGAUAGCACGACACUAGCCUGAGAUCGACGGCUGAGAUUCCGCUGGAUCAUCCAUAGAUUUUUUUGAAUUUGGAGCGGCCUCCUUGUCGCCCACCGUAUUUAUCUUACUUUGCAUCUACGGUUUAGGACCAACGAGGGUUGUAUGAAGUGAGGAGAUCGGAAGGAGGAACGACGGAGAGGAGGAAAAGAGUAAGAUCAAUUGAAGACGGAUUGUAGGGAUCUCUGGUUCUUUUUCUGUGACAGCAAAAAGCUUUGGAUUUGAUCGGCAAUGGGUUUGUGGGAAGCUUUUCUUAAUUGGCUUCGCAGCCUCUUCUUUAAGCAGGAAAUGGAGCUUUCCUUAAUUGGACUUCAGAAUGCUGGAAAGACGUCACUUGUAAAUGUUGUUGCAACUGGUGGAUAUAGUGAAGACAUGAUCCCUACGGUUGGAUUCAACAUGAGAAAAGUGACAAAAGGGAAUGUUACAAUAAAAUUAUGGGAUCUUGGAGGUCAACCUAGGUUUCGUAGUAUGUGGGAGCGAUAUUGCCGUGCUGUUUCUGCUAUCGUUUAUAUGGUUGAUGCAGCUGAUCCUGACAACCUUAGCAUAUCUAGAAGGGAGCUUCAUGAUUUGCUUAGUAAGCCCUCACUUAACGGUAUCCCUCUACUGGUGUUAGGGAAUAAGAUUGACAAACCAGGAGCUCUGUCAAAACAGGCAUUGACUGAAGAAAUGGGACUCAAGUCGAUCACAGACCGGGAAGUUUGCUGCUUCAUGAUCUCUUGCAAGAACUCGACGAACAUUGACUCCGUUAUUGAUUGGCUUGUGAAGCAUUCCAAAUCAAAGAACUAAGAGGCUUUGUUCUCAAUGAUGAAUUCUAAAUUUGAGGAAUGCAUUCCUUCUCUCAUUUGCCGACUGUUUGAUAUUGUCUUAUUGAGCUUUGUACAUUAAGAUUAAAUUAUAUUUUCAGUUGAGAAAGGACCUAUGAGAGGUUUUGGUUGUGAAUUCCAUUUUCCUUAUCUCUCUCUUUUUCUUUCCAAAGAAAAUAGAAGAAAAUUUCGAGU